UACUUGAUGCGACGUAAGACGGUGCAUGCAGUAUCGACCACCGGAAAUGUCCCACUAGGCAAUGCUGAAUGACCUGCCCUAUCACCUGUGACCUACAAGGAGCUGAAAUGGUUGGACAUUUCUGACCUAUGACCUGUGACCUACAAGGAGCUGAAAUGGUCGGACGUUUCCCACAAGUGUCUUCCGACGACAACUCCUCGGAUGACGAUGGGUUGAAGGUCUCUGAGGUGGCUGCGGAGGAACGAACUCACGCACCACCGACAUCGGCGCAUAGGACGCUGUCACAUAGGCCACGGUUCAGAACAAAAACAAGAUUUCCAUGCUUCUGGAAAAGACACCAUGCAUCUAAGUAUCUCACAUGCUGUGGCAGUGACAGCGAGGACAGUGAGGAAGACGACCUUCAGAUGGAGCUGGCCGACUUUCUGGCGGAACAGAACAACCAGGGGUCAACGACCUCCCUACAGUUCCUGCUGCCCCAGGGGUCAUACAUGGAGGGGGUGCUACCACUGCGAUACGGGGAGGAGGGUCGACCAUAUUUGCUGCUGAACAAGGUGAACUGCCCCUCCAUGGACGUCAUCAGCGAACACCUCCAUCGAACAUGGCGGAUCGAGAGGCCAAAGGUCAUCCUGUCGCUCUACUGCGAGCCGGACUACUUCAGCCUCUGGAAGCGGAGAAAAAUUUACGACGCCCUACAGACGGGACUGAUCAAGCUUGCCUCCACCACCAACAUGUGGCUGAUCACCAAUGGGGCAAACCUGGGCGUGGGGAAGCUGGUUGGAGAUGCGCUGAAGCGGGAAAAAGCGCGGCGGGAGUACGUCGUGGUGAAGGAAGAGGACGACCAACCCACGCUCCGGGCCGUCGGGAUCCUGCCGUUCUGUGCUGUGGCUCAGAUGCUGCCGAGAUGGCGGGUUGUCCAGGAUGAGAUGAAGGAGCAGUGGGAGCUGAACCCUGACCACACACACUUCAUCGUGGUGGACGACGGCUCAAACGACAACUGGACCGCAGAGCAGGACCUGCGCCUCCAGCUGCAGCACCACUACAGAUCACCCCGCCAGGUCUACAAUGUUCUUCCGGGCACAACCUCCAGAAAGAAGGCGAACCCUGUGGUGUGUGUGUUGGUGCAGGGAGGGCCGGCCAGUAUACAGUAUGUACGGGGGUGUGUGCAGCAGGAGACACCUGUGCUGCUACUGAAGGGGAGUGGCAAGGCAGCUGAUCUACUGGCCUUUGCUUAUGAGGAGAUUAAAGAAAGACCUGCCCAGGAAGACUGGAUGCAGUACUUAAGAGCGGAGCUGUCCAGACGGAUCUUUAAGACGUUUCCCCAGCUGUCUCAGGAGGAGGUUCAGGACCUGAAGGAGUCCAUCAUCGACUGUGUCAACGAUGCCAUCAAGGAGGACCAGGUGUUCCUCAGCAUCCUGGAGGUGCACAGUUUCCAUGACGACCUGGAGAACCUGGAUAAGUACAUCCUCACCGCCAUCUUGAAAGCCCAAGCAGAUGUUUCCGAUGACAACGUUGUGCAGAGCGACCUUCAGCUGACCUUGCAGUGGAACAGACCUGACCUGGCGCUCUCCGAGAUUUUCCAGUCUCCUUAUUUCCCCGACAACAUCAAGAUCCCGUCUCGGCUGUUUGAGAAAGCUCUACUGAAGAAGGACCGGGAGGAGUUUGUGGAGCUUUUCUUGUCUCAAGGCUUCGACCCGGCAAACUUCAUGACCAGGCACAGAUACAGGAGACUGUUCGAGAAAGCAGAGGACAGGGAGUUUAUCAAGGGAGUGUUUGGAGCCAUGGGGUACAACCUGCCUGAUUUUGGGGUCCUCCCCGAGAAGUUUCUGAUGACCCUUAAGAAGGUAAUCUGCAGACUUGCAGAGGUCGACGUUUACUUCUUCUGCCACGAGAGCCCGAACAAGCAGCGGCCGAGUCUGGAGAAGGCAGCCAUCAUGUGCUUCAGCUUCCAGAAAAAAACUAAGGUGAUGAUGGACCUGUUGCUCUGGGCGAUCCUGGUAAACAAGCAGCGGUUGGUGCGUGUGAUCUGGGAGCAGUCGGAGGACCCCAUCCCGCUAGCCCUGUACAUCCGCCGGGUCUACAUGUCGCUCACCAAGUACGUGGAGGAUGCCACGCUGCGCAGGGAGAUGCACGCACUCGUCACUGAGUAUGAAGACCUGGCCGUCGGUGUCUUAGACAUGGGGUACAAGGAGUCCACCAAGAAGGCGACGGACAUCUUAAACGAGAUGGUUCCGGACUGGAAGGUGAAGACGGCGAUCGAGGUCGCGUACGACAGCAAGUGUAAGAAGUUCAUCGCCCAUCCCUGCUGUCAGAAGUGGGUGAAGCGCAAGUACAUGGGAGGGAUUUCUGUCAAGAAAAGGAUGGCAAACAUCUUCCCCAGCUGGCUCAAGAUCCUGCUGAGUGCCUUCCUGAUCUUCCCCAUGUUCCUGUUCAUCGACUUCCGUUUUCUGCGGCCGAGUGCAGAGGACCAGAGGAGGGCCCAGAGGAAGAGGGAGAUCCUCCGGGGCAGUCAGCAGAGCCAGAACAGCAUCAGUCAGAGCCCGGUAUAUCCGUACGUAGAGAGGCAGGUGGAGGAAGGUUGUGAGUCGUCUUGUCGUUACUGUGCAGGCUACAGGUGCAACUGCACCCUCAACACCUGCAUGCUCAACUUCUUCCGCAGAAUCAAGGCACUGUGGACUGCUCCCAUCACCAAGUACUGGGCUCACGUGCUGUGUUACAUGAUAUUCCUGUUCCUGUUGUCGCUCUCCGGGCUGCUGCCUGGCUGUGGGAGCGCCCUGCUGGACGUGGGCAUCAGUCUGUGGAUGACGACUUCCAUUGUCGAGCUCAUCCGCACCAUCUACAGGGACGCGGAGAUGUUUCGCCGGUCCUCCAGUCGUGAGUACAACUACUGGCUCUACAUGGAAACGACCUUGAUCGUGGUGUUCUGGGUGGCGCACUUCUUCAUGAAGGUGGUGGGGACGCGGGUGGGGUUCGCUCACCCGAAGGACGCCAAGCUGCUGAUGGCCAUCAUGGUGUUCUUCUUCUUCCUACGGCUGCUCUACGUCUUCGCCCCCAACAGUCUGCUGCUCGGACCCAGGCUGGUCAUGCUCAGGAAAAUGAUCCAGAUCGACCUGCUGGUGUUUUUCCGGCUGCUGGUUGUGUUUAUGUGCAUCCACGGUGUGGUAUCCCAGAUCCUGCUCCAACCCUGGCAUGAGCUGGACAGUGAUGUGAUGAAGAUGCUGGUGUGGAGACCCUGGCUGCACGUCUGGCUCACUCCAUACGGCUACCUGGAAGGUAACUGUGAGGGCCUAAUUGUCGUGCCUCCGCCCAACCAGCCUCCCAGCUGGUACUCCCCCAACGUUACCAUGCCAACCUGUCCUGCGGAGACUUCAGACGCGUGUGAGGGGCACUGGUACCUCUACCUCUCCCUCACCUUCUACCUCAUCUGUGUGCGCUUUGGCCUGCUCACUGUACUCUUCGCUAUGUUUAGUAAGACAUAUCAGAGAGUACAGGAUGAGUCGCGGGAAAUCUGGAUGUACCAGCGAUACAAACUGAUUAUCGACCUGGACCGGCGUGACAGCCUGCCGCCACCGCUGGUCGUGUUUCACUACAUCUACAUGCUGGGGAGGUACCUGUGCUGGUGCUGGAAGUGCCGCAUUGUCACCAAGGUCCGUGUGGCAUACGGUGAGAAGACCUACUCCAGUCAGGACAUGGUGGAUGGAGGGUUAGACAUCCCUGAUGGAGCCGAGCUUGACGAGGACAAGUUCAGUUUCUGGAAGUCCUGCGCUCACAGCUACAACUCCAGGGAGAAGAAAAAGACUGAACAGGAAAACAAGCAGAUGACACAGACAGACGUCUAUGAGCAGGUGAGCGAGGACCUGUCCCGUCUGGACGUGCGGGUGAGGAGGAGGCACGACCGUCUCCACGACCGCGUCGUCAAGGUGGAGAAGAUGAUGCAGGAGAGCAUGCUCACCCUGGAGACCAUCAAGCACCUGCUCCUGAAGAAAGAGAGUGGUGAGGUAGAGGGUGUUCCGACCACCCAGACUGGGGCAGUUCUCCACAUCGCGGCCAGACAGUCUCCGUACUUCGGCACCAGCAGGAAGAGAUUCCCGGUGUUCGACAAGUACGUUCCCUGGCGUAAGCUGUUCGUGGAGUAUGACCCUCCCCGCUACACCGCCCCCAUGGAACACUUCUCUGAGUGGUUCCGACAGUUCGCUGAUGAGGUCAACCCAAGUGCCCAGCAGCCGGCCCCUGUGUGGAACGAGAUCGUCGGGUACAAGAUGAAAAUCCGUCAUGAGGGGGAGGGGGGCACGAGGGAGGAGGUCAUGGAGGUCGAUCGAAGGUCGUGGAUCGAGGACAAGGACACAGGAGUCGGCAUCCGAUACAACAUCACAUCAGAGGGGGUGCCUCAGAACCCAAUGGGCAGAACUGGCCUGAGAGGCAAAGGGGCGCUGUUCAGGUGGGGCCCAAAUCACAGCAUGCUGGCCAUAUGCACAAGGUGGAAACAUGCAGUAGACCCAGCUACAGGAGAUGAGCAGGAGGAGUACCUACUGGUGGAGGGGAAGAGAGUUCUGGAGUUCCUGUCUUACAAGGAGCCAGACUUUGAGGAGUGGGCCAUACCUGGGGCGAUAACAGCAGGCCUAGAGAGUAAGUACAGUGUUCUCCAUCGAGCGUUCUGCACCAAGGCACUGGGGAAGCAGCCGGCAGUGGUGGACAGGAACAUGGACGAGAGCAAGGUCAAACAGCUGUUUGAAGCGUACACAGCAGAUGAGAAGGACAGCCCUCCCACAGACCGAGACGACCCCAUCGAGACCUUCUCGGCCGCCAUGAUCUACCGCGGUUACGUGGACGACCCGCGGAACACGGACAACGCCUGGGUCGAGACGGAGGCAUGGCACUUCCACUACGAGAGCGGAGAAAGGUUCUCGGAGGAAGAAAUGGUCACCGCCGGCAGCAGGUGGCAGGAGGUGUCCCGGCACGUGAAGCUGUUCGCCAGCCACGCUUCAGUCAUCCCCGAGGCUGCAGCAAGACUCAACGCUUACUUCUGAGGAGGUGAUCUGC